AUGGUGGCAAAUGGAUCUAUUGUCCUCAUCAAUUUCGUUGACUGGUUCAGAAGAGGGAAACUGUCCUCGACAGACCUCAUCCUGAUCUCUCUUGGCUUCUCCAGACUAUUGCACCUGGCAGUAGUGAUUCUGGAGGUAAAUGCAUUUAUUUUGCAAAAGAAUAAACUGAACUACAUUGUGGUCAUGCUGAUCGGCAUAUGGACAUUUAUGAACACCGUGAAUCUUUGGUUUUCUGCCUGCCUCAGUGUUUUCUACUUAGCCAAGAUUGCCAUCUUCUCUCACCCUCUUUUCCUCCAAGUCAAGCAACGAUUCUCUGGGCUGGUACCCUGGCUGCUUCUGGGUUCAGUGGUCCUCUCUGUUGUUGUGGCUAUUAUUGUUCUCACCAGUUGGAGCUAUGGCUUAUCUACCUGCAAUCCCUACAUAUCACAUUCAAGCAACGGGAGCAGUGAAGAAAUGAACAUGCCACACGUGUGUAUGCGUAUCAUUGCUCUAAUUGCUACCUUUGAUUUUGUUCCCUUUUUGGUGUUUCUGUCAUCGUCCCUCUUGUUAAUAUGUUCUCUGUGGAAGCACAUGAGAAGAGUUCGAUGCAAUGGAACUGGCACCAGGGAUCUCAACACACAAGCACACUUGAGUGCCAUCAAAGCUCUGGCUUCUUCUGGAGUUCUGCACCUGAUCAGUUUUAUUGCACUCACUUCAGAAUCCGUGCUGUCCUGGAGCAACCGAGACACUGGGGUGAUUGUACUCUUUAAUGUGAGUGCUGUGUACCCCUCCGGUCAUGGCAUCAUCCUGAUAUUAAUGAAUCCCAAACUGAAACAGGCAUGGGUCAGGAUGGUACAUCUCUUAAAAUGCCGUUUGAAUAAAGUGCCAUCUUAA